UCUCUUCACCAUCAUAAUAACCAAAAACACAUUUUUCUCUAAAAGAAAUAAUAUUAAAUGGCGAAAGAUGUGGAAGGAGCAGAGGGAGUCACAGCGAGGGACUACGAAGAUCCACCGCCUACUCCCUUUUUCGACGCGGAGGAGCUCACGAAGUGGUCUUUGUACAGAGCCGUCAUCGCCGAGUUCGUAGCCACUCUCCUCUUCUUAUACAUCACCGUUUUGACUGUCAUCGGCUACAAGAUUUCCUCCGACACUAAGGCCGGAGGCGAUGAAUGCGGUGGCGUCGGAAUCCUCGGCAUCGCCUGGGCUUUCGGCGGCAUGAUUUUCAUUCUUGUCUACUGCACCGCCGGUAUCUCAGGUGGUCACAUAAACCCGGCGGUGACGUUCGGCUUGUUCUUGGCCCGCAAGGUAUCGCUGGUUAGAGCGGUGCUAUACAUGGUGGCUCAGUGUUUGGGUGCCAUAUGUGGAGUUGGGUUCGUGAAAGCCUUUCAAAGCGCUUACUACGUGCGUUACGGCGGAGGAGCAAACUCUCUGGCCGAUGGAUACAGCACAGGGACAGGACUCGCCGCAGAGAUCAUUGGAACUUUUGUUCUUGUCUACACUGUGUUCUCCGCCACAGACCCCAAAAGAAAUGCACGUGACUCCCACGUUCCCGUGUUGGCGCCACUUCCGAUUGGAUUUGCGGUGUUCAUGGUUCACUUGGCCACUAUUCCGAUCACCGGAACCGGUAUUAACCCGGCCAGGAGUUUCGGAGCCGCGGUUAUCUACAACGAGUCCAAGCCGUGGGAUGACCACUGGAUAUUCUGGGUGGGACCAUUCAUUGGAGCCGCCAUCGCUGCAUUUUAUCACCAGUUCGUUCUAAGAGCUUCCGGUUCCAAGUCCCUUGGGUCCUUCAGAAGUGCGGCCUAAGGAAACAAUUACAAAAUGGUUGUUAUGGUGUGUGUACAAAUUUGGCAAGUUCUAAAACUGUGCUCUCUGUUUUUUUUCUUUUGCCUUUCCUAAUUUGUGGCAUCAGUGUGGGAUAUAAGUGAAUGCUUGUGUGAUGGGGGAAAAUAAUCUUACUGAAAUCAAAUUUGUUUUUGUCUCAACAUUUACAAAAGAAAAAAUGUUAGUAAGAUUUCAGAUA